UCGUCCUGUUUCCGCCACCUCCUCUGUCCUCCACCCUCCUGCAGCGCUCCUUUUCUCGUCGAAGCCUUCUCAGCCGCCGUUGAGAUUUCGUCCUCGCCCGUGCGGCGGUAUCGAUGAUUUCCAUAUCGGGACACCGCGCUGCCUUCUAGUAUGAUACAAAGAAGGCCGACGAAGUUUAAGUUCCUGAAGUCAGGUUUGAAGUUCUUCGUCACCGUGGAGAUCGCAUUGUUUCUGGGCUCCUAUGCCCUCUGGCGCCGCAUAAACACCUCUCAAGAUUUUAGGCUGUAUAUGCAUGAGAACUAUCCAAGCAUCUUGAAUGGUUAUUAUUCCAUCGGAGAACUACUUGAGCCGGGUGACGAGAUGAGAGCAAUGGAUCUCAUGGCAUGGCAGCAGAAAAAGGAGAGCUCCAAAUGAUUCCAGCUACUUCAUGGCUUUUAUCUCCACUACGAACCUUGUGUCGAAUCAGAUCAGCACGAGCGCUCAAUCCCAGUGAAUGGAAGGAGGGUUCAAUUUGCUGAUAUAGAUUUCCCUUUUGCCGAAGGCAAAAUCGAUUUGGAAAUUUCUGAAACAC